GGUAAACUUUCGUUUCUCUCGCGAAACUUGUAUUUAAUCUUGGCUCUGGUGCGUCAGAAAUGGGAAGUAAGUACUGCACACACGGAGCUGCUGUGUGUUUUCUGCCUGUCCGGUGAAGCGACCUACUAGUUGUGCUGAAUACGAGCUGAAGCGCACGAUGGAAGCAGAAGAGAUGGUUAGAGAUGCUGAUGCUGGACCUAAUGACAACGAAAAUGAGAUGCUGAAUGUGGGGCAAGAAGAGCAGAUGGAGGAGUUUUUGGGCCCGCAGGCGGAGUACAAUGAGGAGGAGGAGGAGAGGAAGUACUACAGGAGGAAGAGGCUGGGAGUGAUCAAGAACGUUGUUGCCGCCAGCGUUGGAGCCAUGAUUGUGUACAGUGUUUACAUGGGCCUUCUGCAGAUGCAGCUGAUCCUCCAUUAUGACAUGACCUACCGCGAGGUGAAGUACAGCAACCUUGGCCUGGAGGACAUCGACCACAAGAUGCUGAUGGGCAUCAACGUCACCCCCAUCAUUGGCCUGUUGUACACCCCCGUUCUCAUCAGGUUUCUGGGCACUAAGUGGAUGAUGUUCCUGGCUUCAGGAAUCUACGCGCUCUUCGUCUCAACCAAUUACUGGGAGCGUUACUACACCUUGGUUCCCUCAGCCGUAGCUAUCGGCGUGGCCAUUGUGCCGCUCUGGGCGUCCUUAGGAAACUACAUCACUAGGAUGGCCCAGCAGUACUACGAGUACGCAAACUACAAAGAGGAGCACGUUCAGGAGCAGAAGAAGCCUCCCAAGGGAGCGUGCCACAGCUACAUCAUCAUCUUCCACUCGGUCUUCUUCAUCAUCUUCCACCUGAGCUUUGUCUUUGCCGAGUUCCCCAUGAGCCUCGUCCUCAAUGAGUACCUGCAUGAAAAGGACCACAUUCUGUGCAAUGUCGAGUACUGCGGUGCAAACAUCAGUGGAAUGAUCCCUGGAUUCAACACCACUGUGCUGACCAAUCUGCCUCGCUCCAUGCUGCUCAUCCAGGUGGAGAGCGUCCUCAUGGGCUUCGCCUUCCUCUCCAUGAUCACGUUCCUCGUGUUGUGCGGCGCCGCGUACCGGCCUACGGAGGAGAUCGACCUCCGCAGUAUCGGUUGGGGAAACAUCUUCCAGCUGCCUUUCAAGCACCUGAGAGACUACCGCCUGCGACUGCUCUGCCCCUUCUUCGUCUACAGCGGCUUCGAGAUGCUGUUUGCCGUCAGCGGGUUCUCCCUGUCCUAUGGCGUGUGCAAUUUGGGCCUGAAGAAGCUGUGGCUGCUCAUCGUCGUCUACGGCCUGUCCUGCUCCGUCUUCUCCUCGCUGUCGCUGUGCCUGCUGCGCCUCCCGCGCUGGGCGUGCCUGGCGAGCGGCGCCGCCGUGCACACGGUGCUGCUGGUGGUCCUCAUGGCGUGGUCCUUCCCCAGUAAAAAGCCAGAGUACCUGGGCGCCCUGCUGACCAUCUCCGUGCUUUGGGGCCUCGGCACGGCGCUGAACAAGACAGGCGUCAGUACUCUGAUUGGCAUGUUGUAUGCUGAGGAGAAGGAGCGCCUGGACUUCGUCUACACCAUCUAUCACUGGUGGCAGGCCAUCGCCAUCUUCAUCGUCUACCUGUGGUCCAACUUGCCCAUGAGGGCCAAACUCUCCAUCCUUUUGGCCACGCUGCUGCUAGCAUGCUACUGCUAUUGGGUGAUGGAGCGUCGCAUGGCCAGCGAUAUGCGCCCCAGGCUGCCUCGCAUCCCACGGCCGAGGCACAAGGUCAAAGGCUACCGGUACCUGGAAGAGGACAACUCGGAUGAGUCAGACUCCGAGAAAAGUGAGGCCGAUGACGAAGACCAUUUGGCGGAGGAGAUGGAGGAAGAGGACAGGGAGGAGGACGGCCGAGACGCCGGGGCCCAGAGAGCUAAAUCACCCACGGCCAGGAGGAGAGCGGACCCGGGUCACAGGCACGGACAGCAGGACGACCAUGUGAAGAAGUGAGAGAGGGAGGAGCGUGAGGGAGGCUGAGGGAGGAAGGGAUGCAGCGGUCAGAUGGCAGAUAGCAGACAGGAAGGGAAGGAGGCAGAGAUUUGCUGGGUGCUGUUAGGUUUGCGACUGCAUUGGUAUUUUUUUCACAUAUUUAUACGGAACAUCUAUAUUCUCUCUCCAUUUGUGUGUAAUAUCUGUAAUUGCAUGUUUGACUUCAGUCGAUCUUCUUGACAAAAAGGUACAGAAGCUGUAGAACUAAGAUUGAGGCCGCUAUAUAAUGAUGGGUAUGACAGUCUGGUGCAGAAAAUGCUGGAGAAGACGAGACUGAAGCCUCGAAACAAUAAGAAUAUGAUUGCUUUGAUGCUGCUGCGUGGUUUGUGGCACGUGUUUUCCCAAUGCUCCAUAAUUAUAGAGGACGUUAUAGUUACUUUUGUUCUUUUAUCAACAAGAAACACAAGUCUACAAAGAAAAACCUGAAGGUGACAAGAAAAGGAAUUGAUUGUCUGAUGGGAGUAAUUGUUCUUCAAAUUUCAUUUCAGGGUGAAUUGUGUUUCGACUGAGCCGUUUUAUGGGCCUGCUGAAUGUAAUGGUUGUAAAUAUUUGGUCGUCUGGCUUUGUUUACAAUCAGCCAACAAAUCUGAGAAAGCAAGCUACCUUAUCUUAUUAGAGUUGAAUAGAAAUGUAAAUGUGUGCAUUUCAUUGUACUUUAGUCUCAGCAGCUAUAUAUUGGUUCAUACUGUCUCUAUUACUGUGAUUAUGUUAUCACUCUACUGCAAUUCUGUAUCUCAGGAUUUUAAUGGCACCAUGCAGAGUAAUAACAGUAGAAUUGGGAACUACACAUAUAUGUGUGUGUGUGUGUGUGUGUGUGUGUGUGUGUGUAUGUAUGUAUGUGUGUGUGUGUGUGUAUAUAUAUAUAUAUAUAUAUAUAUAUAUAUAUAUAUAUAUUAUAUAUAUAUAUAUAUAUAUAUAUAAUAUGACAGAUGAACUAACUAACUAAAGGUUAAAUGUAUUUAAAAUGCUAAAGGUAUUUGAUGUUGCAUUUCUAUCUGUGUUUUUGAUUUUAAACCAUUCAAUAACUACAUUUUUGAGUUAUUUAAUGGUUUGAUUGUAAUCAGCUGUAUUCACAGGAAAACAUUUUGCAUUGCAUACGGGCUAGAACAUUUAAACAUAAAUGUGUUGUAAAGUCACCAA